AUGACACUUGUCACACUUUUUACGCAGAAAGACAGCACGCCCUCUACCUCAGUUUGGGAGAUACGUGCUGCCCCUGGCACAAACUUUCUGCGAUCUGUCUCUCUCUCUCUCUCACUCACCCCCUCUUUCACUGACUCACUCAUUCUCUCUCACACUCACUGUUUUCCUUUCUCACUCACACGCUCCCUCACUCACUCUAUCACUUACACACAGUCUUUCUUUCUCACUCACUCUGUUUCUCAAUCACUGACGAACUCAACCAUUCACUCUAUCGCUCACUCUCACUCUCCCUUCUUACCUCCCGCACUAUCGUCGUCACUUCCUUUAUCUCUCAGUCACUCUCCCUCUUUCAUUCACUCGCUUUAUCACUCACUCACUCUCUCUUUCAAUUACUCUCUCAGUCUCACUUUCUCCCUCUAUCACUCACUCUCUAUCUCAUUCACUCACUCACUCUGUCAAUCCAUGUAUCACUCACUCAUUUUCUCUCACACUCACUCUUUCUCCCUCUCACUCACACGCUCACUCACACCUUUAUCACUUACACAGUCUCUUUCUUUCUUUCUUUCUUUCUUUCUUAUUCACUCUCUCUUUCUCACACACUCACGAACUCACCCAUUCACUCACACACUCAUUCUCACUUUCCCUCCUUACCUUCCGCACUACCUCCGUCACUUCGUGUAUCACUCAAUCACCCUCUCUCUUACUCUCACACGCUCCCUCUAUCACUUACACACUCUCUCCCUCUCACUCACUUACUCAAAAAAUCACCCAGUCAAUCGACCACUCACCCUCUUUACCUCCUUUACUAACUCCCUCACUUUCUCUAUCACUCACUCACUCUCGCUCUUACUUUGUCACUAUUACUCACUCACUCUAUCUCUUACUCACUCACUCUCUCUCUCUCACUUACUUUCUCAGGACAUUCUCUUUCUCUGUCAAUCACUCCCUCAUUCACUCGUUCUAUCACUCACCCCUCACUCUCUCUCUCUCUCUUUCUUUGAUACAACAACGACAAAAAAAAAACAAAAAAACUCUCUCUUUCUCUCUCUCUCUCUCUUUCUCUCUCUCUCUUUCUCUCUCUCUUUCUCUGUUGAGGCAAGUCUCUUCUGUAUCUCUGAAAGGAAUUUCUGUCGAUUCCUGCCGCAGAGAGGAUUUAACAGCCACUCUUUUCUUUGUUGCUGUGGACAUUUGUCGAUUCUUUAG